AUGGACAUGGAAGCUUCCAAGGAGUUCCUGGCCGAGCUCAAGGUCUUAACACACGUUCAUCAUGUGAACUUGGUGCAUUUGAUAGGAUACUGUGUAAAAGGUUCGUUGUUUCUUGUUUAUGAGUACAUAGACAAUGGCAACCUUAGCCAACACUUGCGUGGCAAAGAGCCAUUACCGUGGCCCAUCAGGCUGCAAAUUGCCCUCGAUUCUGCUAGAGGACUCGAAUACAUACACGAGCAUACGAUUCCAAUAUAUAUUCAUCGUGAUGUAAAAUCCGCAAAUAUUCUAAUCGACAAGAAUUUUCAUGCCAAGGUUGCCGAUUUUGGUAUCGCUAAAUUGACUGAAGCCGGAGGGGCUUCUUUGCAAACGCGUCUUGUGGGAACUUUCGGAUACAUGCCACCCGAGUACGCGUGUGGAGAUGUUUCGACUAAGAGUGAUGUGUAUGCAUUUGGGGUUGUUCUUUUCGAAUUAAUAUCUGGAUUAGAAGCAGUUUUGAAGACAAAUGGUGAAGAUACAGAAGCAAAAGGCCUUGUUAGUUUGUAUCCUCUUGAUUCAGUUACUAAGGUGGCUCAUCUUGCAAAAGCUUGCACACAUAAAAACCCACAACAAAGGCCAAGCAUGAGAUUAGUUGUAGUGGCACUAACAACAUUAUCAUCUUCAACUGUGGAUUCGGGCAAUGGCUCCAUCUAA